UGGACAACGACGCCGAGGCUUCAUGAGCAUGGACAGACUGAAUAACAAUUUGAGCAAAUGGGUCAACGACCAGACUAGCCGCGCGUCAGGCCACACUGGGCCCCAGCAACAUCAGGUCGAUCCAGAACGGGCGAAGCGUGUUGAGGCACGCGGGAUCAAGAUACGCUUUGAAAGGACCAAUGCUCCCAAUACGGGGCAGCAGCGUCAUGCUGACGACCGAAGAAGCUUACCCAAGGCAGGACAGCCAGUUCCGCGAGACGUCUUUGCGGGAACCGAUUACGACGGCUCGUCUGUGACAAGCGUGAAGAGCCAAGUACAGGUUGACGACAGUCACCUCGACGCGUUUGGAAGGCCUGCGGAGCACCCUGCGGCCCAUGAUCAGCAGUCUGUAGAGGAAGAAGCAAACUCAAGUCCAUCUGAUGAAGCCUCGGAGAGCGAAGAUGCGGAGGAUAAUGAUCAAGGGCCGGAUCGGUCGUCGGCGCAGAGGAUCAUGGACUAUUAUAAUUCUCUCUCUAGGCGAGGCCGAUCUGACCUCGAUCUUUUCAAUCAGCCGCAACCUGGGGACUCGUACCCGCCCACGACUUCGGGUCGACCGGAAGAGGAAGAACUCGACCAUGUCCAGUACGAAUUCGAUCAACCAGAUUCCAAACCAGCAAAUGCGGGCCAUGUACCAGUAAGCUUCGCGCGCCCGGAGCUUCCCGUACAGAGAACAGUGCCGUAUCAACUAUCGAUCCUUCAGAAUGGACACUCUCCAAAUCUCACCGGCCAUCAAGAGAGCCAGCCUCGCCGCCUCGACACUGGCGAGGGACGCGCAGCACACCGCAUGGAGAUUCCCGCGCGCCAGCAGCUGCUUCCACAUAGGAUAUCAACCCCGCCAGCUACCAAAAUGCCUCCGCCCGCCCAAAAUGUCUAUCAGCGGCCUGAUUCCCGAGCUCUGUAUGAUCGUUCCCCGACCAGAAGGCAGCCUACUGGCGCCAAGGCGCGAUCGAAUACAGGUGACUCCUCGAAGGCCCCCACCGAGGUUACUGCGGUGCACGGCCAGCAAUUCCAACAGGAACAAGGCGGCGGACAUGAAUUUGCCUUAGAUUACGACCCGGCUGAACUAGCCAAAAUGCCGUAUCAGAAGCUGCUGGAGCAGCCCUUCGACGAAGACCCAGCACAACCGCCAUCCGUGUUCGCUGCGGAGGACGCCUCUAAAUCUGUGGCCGAGCGUCUUGACCUUGCACGGGUUAUGCCAGAUGAGGCCAAACAGGCGUUCAUGUCGUCUCUCUCGCUGGAAGAGUGGGAGGAGGCAGGGGACUGGUUCCUGGAGCGGUUCGGCAGCAUCUUGAACAAGAUGAGAGAUGCUAGAAAGAAGCGUCGCGAGCUGGCAAAAGGCUUUGAGGCCGAGAUCUUGAAGCGCCACGAGGCUGUUCAGACCAAGAAGAGAACGAUCGAAGAGGCAAUGGCUGAGAUGGGCAAGAGCGGUGCGGACGUGCUCAGAGCCGGGACGCCAAAGCGGGCUCGUGCAUAAGGCAUCUCAUGCCGACUGCAUUUGUUGGUGACAGACAAUUUUUUGGUCCAAGCUGGUAUACACAAUUUGCUUGGUCCUCCCAGCUCGAGGUGCUCGCGAUCUAGCGCUGGUAAAUCGGACUUGUUUGGUGCAUUUAUUUGGCGUUAUAUACCCAGGUCAAACAUAAAUCCACCUUUUCAUUUGCUUGAGAAAAAUCGCGAAACAAUCGAUUUUCAGUCAAGGAGUACAAGUGACGAAACGCUUUUAUAGCUUCUGUCAUGCAUCCCGGCGGCUAAUCGUGACCCUACGCAAUUACUACAAACUUAGCAAUCUUCGAAGUUGCCUCUUAA